GUGAUAUCAUUCAGACGUUUUCACGGUAUAAAACACUAUAAAUCUUAUUGAAAGAAAAUCCUAUGACGAUAGACGAGCCAUUUCUGCCGCCGGUGGCAGCUUUGCUGGAGAUGGACGGUCACAUCGCCGGCCCAGCUCCAGCAUUCUUCACCACAUUCUUUCCACCACUCCAAACGCCGACAGAAGAGGCCACCUCUGAAGCACAAUCGUCGCCAGAUGAAUUUGUUCCUUGGUUCACCAGGUUCUGUACCGAAAACGCUAGUGACAGCAAGUGGGAGAUGAAGCAUUACUUCAACACGGACGGCGAGGGCGUGGACCUGUCGCUCAUGUCACCCAGCAAGCACAUCAAGACUAUAGGCAACCGCUGUACCGACAGCAUAUCAUACGCCGACGGAUUGGCUAGACUUUACGGCCACGCCAGAAACGUAUUCAACAAAGACUCUAUGCGUCACUCGCUGCACGCCUUCUACAUCCACGGCGAGACGCUCGAGUGCUGGGUGUUUGACCGACAGGGCAUGUAUAGCAGCGAAGCAUCAUCCCUACGUGGCAGUUUUACCCGAUUUUCUCAUAUCCUUACGCUAUAUCAAGGCUUUACAGACCAAGAGGCAGGUAUGUCGCCUUUUAUUCAGCAGGACAAAAGUGGUACAUGGCUCAGCAAGUUGGGUGACGGCCUCAAGAUCCGUCUCAGCUCAGAGCCCAGCUUCGGCCCAGGGAAGAUAUUUCGAGAUGACGAAACGCCAAAAUACAAUGCCAAUAGUACACAGGGUGCUGCAGCCGGCUUUACUGUCCAGUUUACAUUUGCUGGUGUUGCUUCGCGUAACCACUGGGAUGCCAAGCAAACCGUGACGACGGUCAAGAGUCAAGCCGUCGAUGACGCGGAAGCCAACAUAGCAAAUCAUACCAACUGUUUUACAGUCUCUGUGCGACCUAUACCCUGUGGAACGAUACGGAAGCUGCGCCUAGAUACAACUACUGCUACCGCUACUGCUACCCAUGAAUUCGGCUUGGUCAGAUACAGCGUGGCAGAAUGACGAAAGUCAGCAAUUAGGAUGGUUUACGUGCCAUAGUAUAUACAUGUACAUAUUAUAAGAAGUAAAAUGAUUCUAGCACUCGCAUGUCAGAUAUUAAGGUUCCCUUCACAUUUCUUUAAAUCCUCCACUGCUCUUUCUUUCACAGCUAUCUGUUCCUCGGGGCUCAGUACGCUAUACCAUGCGAAGCCAUACGCGCGGCUUUUUAAUAAGAAAGGGGGUUUCUUGGCUUUAUACCAAGCGUGAUUGAACCUGUAUCCCAUUAAACGUUCUUCUGACCAGUACGCAAAGCCGCUAUCUGCAAAUGUAUCAAACGGCAUGUAGUUUCGAAGGUUGAAGAGUUUGAUGUAUUUAAGGAAGCCCUGGGGAUGUUCUAUGAUCAGCGCACCCGGCCCGGUAUACCGAAGCUUCUUCCACUCUUUGCGCUUGGGCUUUGCUCCAGAAAAAUAGAAUCUUGACAGGCCUUUAUUUGAGAAGGGACCUAGCUCGAUAUUAGCUAUAGCUAAAGGGCUAUCCCUAUGCACAAUAUUCCUCAAAAGCGCAUAAAUGGGUUCAUAUUCAAGCGGUGUUCGGAUAUAGUCCCACCCUUCGUCUUACAGCUCGUACGGUAAGUCGAAGGAGUUGUUACACUCUCUGUUGGGAUCUGUAUGCUCUUGGUAGUUAUAUCGUCCCCCAUAGAAGGAUGUUUCGUUGACGCGAAGCGCCUUGUCUUGAGUCCAAUGCCACGGCUUUACACCUGCAACAUACUCGCCGCGAGCUGGUUGUAUUAUGAUGGGUCGGUGUUGAAGGGUCUCAACAUCAGAUGGGGACCAUUGAAGCUGUCGAAGACGACCAGCACGCUUCAGGUCACGAACCAUCUGUACCCUCCAGACUGCGCGGAUUGCCCGCUGCUGCUCGGUCCACGAAGGAUCUCCAACAUCCGUCACUUUUACAGGAGCAAACUUGUACCCAAGAAUCCAUGUCUCAUCGCGACCGACCCUUACCGACACUGGUUAUAAGUGCAGUCGUGUGAGUCAACAAAGCCGUUGAGGUCAGGCUGAGCGCCAAAGUGACGAAGCAUUCAGUAGACCAAGACGCGAACAGUUCAUAUGUAGACAUACCCUUUGAACAGUAUAAUAAAAAAAGCAGCCCAUUUUGUUUGUUAUUUCUCUCUCCCUCUUUGGCGC